GCCCGGCCCCCGCCCCGGCCCUGGCGGGGGAGGGGUCUCUGAGCGCGGCCCCUCCCCCCUGCGCCCCCGCCUCUGCUGCGGUGCCCCUACACCGCGUGUCUCCGUCUGUCCGUCUGUCUGCGCCGGGCCUCGCCCCACCCCGGCCCCCGGGGCUGCCUGGCCGCCCCCCCACCCACCGCAGCCGCCCCCCUGCCUCUGGGCCAGCCCCCGCUGCAGCCCAGGAAGCAAGUCAGGACGCCGCCGCCUCAGAUCCAGGGCCUGCAUCGUGAAAUCGGGGGCCUGCACCCCGAGAUUGGAUCCGGAGAUCUGGAAACCCGAGCCUGGGAGCCUGAUUUGGGGCUGAAACCCCAACACCUGGAGCCUGAACAUCAAUAUCUGGGGCUGAAAUCCCAGCAUCAGUCUCUGGGGCUGAUUUGGAACCUGAACCCCAAGAAUUGGAAUAUGGACCCCAAGAUUUGGAGCUUGAACCUCAAGAUCUGGCAUCUCAAACCCCAAAUCUGGAGCUGAACUCUGAGUUCUGUGCCUGGGACCUUGAAAUCUGGGACUGGAUUCUCAUGCUUAUACCCUGGAACCCACUAUUUAGAACCUGAACCCUGAGAUUUAGGCCUCAGAUUCCAAGAUCUGAACCCUGGCAUUCCACAGGGCCUAAAGCUGAGUUUGGGCCUGAAGUCCUUGCUGCAAACCUGAAUGCUGAGAUUUGGGGCAAAUCUUGACUCAGCACCCCAAUAUCAACUGAGCACCCCAGUAUCAGAUUCCAAGACUGGGCCUGCGACUCAGACCUUAAACUCUGCAUAUGACUGUUUAGCCUCUCAAGACCAGAGCUGGGAGACCCUGACUGAGCAACCCAAACUGGGUUGGACCCUUAGAGGCCCAAUAUUUGGAGAUCUAGGACUCAAAGCGUUAAGGUCUGCAGACACUGUGGCCACAAGUCUGAGCUGAGACACCAACAGAUAGUCCCUCUACAGAGGCCUUGGGGACAAGGAAGGCAUGACCAGGCACCCCCUCCAGAGCCCUGACCCCUGACCCCCUUGGAGCUUGAGGACUUUGCUCCCUGGGGCAGCUUCCAGCUCAGGCCGCCCCUGCCCGCGAUGGCCGUCCUCCCGCUGCUCCUCUGCCUGCUGCCGCUGGCCCCUGCCUCGUCUCCCCCCCAGCCAGCCACACCCAGCCCGUGUCCCCGCCGCUGCCGCUGCCAGACACAGUCCCUGCCCCUCAGCGUGCUGUGCCCGGGGGCCGGCCUUCUGUUCGUGCCACCCUCGCUGGACCGCCGGGCAGCUGAGCUGCGCCUGGCGGACAACUUCAUCGCGGCCGUGCGGCGCCGCGACCUGGCCAACAUGACAGGCUUGCUGCACCUGAGCUUGUCUCGCAACACCAUCCGCCACGUGGCAGCUGGCGCCUUUGCGGACCUUCGUGCCCUGCGCGCUCUGCACCUGGACGGCAACCGGCUGACCUCGCUGGGCGAGGGCCAGCUGCGCGGCCUGGUCAACUUGCGCCACCUCAUCCUGAGCAAUAACCAGCUGGCAGCCCUGGCGGCUGGUGCCCUGGACGACUGCGCCGAGACACUCGAGGACCUGGACCUCUCCUACAACAAUCUCGAACAGCUGCCCUGGGAGGCUCUGGGCCGCCUGGGCAAUGUCAACACCUUGGGCCUCGACCACAACCUGCUGGCUUCCGUCCCCGCCGGCGCCUUCUCCCGCCUGCACAAGCUGGCGCGCCUGGACAUGACCUCCAACCGCCUGACCACCAUCCCGCCCGACCCACUCUUCUCCCGCCUGCCGCUGCUGGCCAGGCCCCGUGGCUCCCCCGCGUCCGCCCUCGUGCUGGCCUUCGGCGGGAACCCCCUGCACUGCAACUGCGAGCUGGUGUGGCUGCGGCGGCUGGCACGGGAGGACGACCUGGAGGCCUGUGUCCCCCCAGCCCUGGGCGGCCGCUACUUCUGGGCUGUGGGCGAGGAGGAGUUUGUGUGCGAGCCCCCCGUGGUGACGCACCGCUCGCCGCCCCUGGCGGUGCCCGCCGGUCGGCCGGCCGCCCUGCGCUGCCGGGCAGUGGGGGACCCUGAGCCCCGCGUGCGUUGGGUGUCACCCCAGGGUCGGCUGCUGGGUAACUCGAGCCGUGCUCGCGCCUUCCCUAACGGGACACUGGAGCUGCUGGUCACCGAGCCAGGCGAUGGUGGCAUCUUCACCUGCAUUGCGGCCAACGCAGCUGGCGAGGCCACGGCUGCUGUUGAGCUGACCGUGGGUCCCCCGCCACCCCCCCAACUAGCCAAUAGUACCAGCUGUGACCCCCCGCGGGACGGGGAUCCCGAUACCCUUACCCCGCCCUCUGCCGCCUCUGCCUCCGCAUCUGCCAAGGCGGCUGACGCUGGGCCCCCGACCGACCGUGGCGUCCAGGUGACUGAGCAUGGGGCCACAGCUGCUCUUGUCCAGUGGCCAGAUCAGCGCCCUAUCCCAGGCAUCCGCAUGUACCAGAUCCAGUACAACAGCUCGGCUGAUGACAUCCUCGUCUACAGGAUGAUCCCGGCCGACAGCAGCUCCUUCCUGUUGACAGACCUCGCAUCGGGCCGUACUUACGAUCUGUGCGUGCUGGCCGUGUACGAGGACAGUGCCACGGGACUGACAGCCACCCGGCCCGUGGGCUGCAACCGCUUCUCCACCGAGCCGGCGCUGCGGCCCUGUGGGGCCCCACACGCGCCCUUCCUGGGCGGCACCAUGAUCAUUGCACUAGGUGGCGUCAUCGUGGCCUCGGUGCUGGUCUUCAUCUUCGUGCUGCUCAUGCGCUACAAGGUGCACGGCGGCCAACCCCCCGGCAAGGCCAAGGCCCCGGCGCCCGUCAGCAGCGUUUGCUCCCAGACCAACGGCGCCCUGGGCCCCACGCUGGCCCCGCCUGCCCCUGAGCCUGCCGCACCCAGGGCCCACACCGUGGUCCAGCUGGACUGUGAUCCCUGGGGGCCCAGCCACGAACCCACGGGACCCUAGCCUUGCACCCACCUCUCGGCCCUUCCGGCCCCAGGGGUGGCAGGACCCAGACUCCCUGUGGGACCUGGCCUGAGACUCACCAAAUUGCUCAUGGUUUUUAAAACUCUGACGGGGAGGGUGACGGGGACACCAGGGCACAACAAGAAAGUCCUAUUUUUCUAAGCUUGGGCGUGGGCCCUUGCCCUUGUCUCUGUCUGUUGGGACUGGGGGAUCGUUCAGGGGUCUGGAGCUGGGAUGCCCCCUCCGGGGAGAGGAACACCCUCCGCCCCCCGCCGCCAGUUCUGUCUGAGGUCCCUGGAUGAGGCUGAGGAUGGUUAUUUAGUCAGUCAACAGACAUUCUUUGAAUGUCCUCUCUGGCCUGCCCUGUGCUGAGUGGUGCCAAAGGGACCCAGGCGGCCCCGAGCCCUGCCCUUCAGACCGUGGUAACUCGUGGUGAUGAGGGAAGCCUAGGAGAUUGUAGGAGCCCAGAAGAGGUGCCCAACUCAGUCCAGGGUGUGGUUAGGGGGGGCUUCCCGAGGGAGAAAUGUGAUCUGGAGGAGAUAAUUGGGCAGAGAGCAGAGGGAAAGGUGUUUUUGGCAGAGGGAAGCAAACGUGAGGGCUUAGGAAGUGCCAGGCACAGGGCGGGGGGUGAGCAGGGGUCAGGACCCCAGGCCAGGGAGCUCAGACACUGGCCUGAUCGUCUCGGGGAGCUACAGAGGAGCCUGUGCAAAGGAGGGGCAGGGUGAGCUUCGGGUUUGAGGAAGAUCCUUCUAGUCAUCCUGAGGAAUGUGGACUAGAGGAGGAGACGGGCUGGGAGCCCCGGGGAAACCAGGGCAGGGACUUUGCAUGGGCGCAAACAGGGCUGGACCAGGGCAAGCCUGGGGGAAGCUGAGUGGGGGAGUUCCCGUUGUGGCUCGGCAGGCUAAGAGCCUGACUAAUAUCCAUGAGAAUGUGGGUUCCAUCCCUGG